UGCCAACCGAACAUCCAAUAAAUCCCAGUAGAAGAAGAACUCAUGCUGUUUUCAUUUGCUGGUCACAAAACCAAGUUCUGCUAUGUUAACCUGCAUUUUGAAAUAAAGGUUGGGCUUUUUCGAAAUCAAGAUAAUGUGGAGGUUAAGUAGAAUCCGACAUAAAGCUGGCCGAGCAGGCUACAGCCUUGAGGAGUUACGGGUAAAGAGGCGAGAGCAUGAAAAAGCCCUUCGUCAGGCUCGCCGAGACAGACAAUUGGUGAGCAGGAGACUCCUACUGAAUGAAGAUGAGGGGCAGCAAGAAGCCAUCAGGCACACUUGUUCAGAUGAAAAUGAUGUAGUCAGUUUGUUCCACAAUCUUCAGCACAGCAGUCCAGAGAGAGAAGCCCACCUUAAAACCUUGAGUAAAUCUCUACGUGACCUGUCUGCUCAGCUUAUCUUCAUCAAGCAAGAGAACAGUAUCCACGUGCUGGUUGGACUCCUCACCGGCCCCAACACUCGGUGCCGCCUGCAAUCUGUCUGCUGUUUCCACGAGCUGUCUCACUCUCCUCACCCCAGCGUGACCACAGCCUGUCUGCCUGCCACACCCUACCUCCUCACCUACCUCUCUGGACAAAGCACCAGAUUCACCGAGUUAUGUCUCUACACGCUUGGGAACUUGUGUCCGGAUAGUGAUAUUGUGAGAGAAAAACUUCUGGCUCAGGGAAUUAUACCAGCACUUGCCUGCUGUAUCGAGAACCAGAGGCAUAACAUGGCAGUGAUGGAAGCUGCGGGUUUUACCCUUUCACAGCUUCUCCAAGCCAAAGACGCAUCAGAGAAAAUUAUCCCGUUGGUUCUAGCCUCCAGUUUACCCUCACACCUAUUAGCAGUGCUGACACCUGACCAGAAUUUUGCCCUGGCCCCCGCCAUUGAGUGUGCAUGGUGCCUGCACUACCUCACGUGCAGUGGGGAGGAUAACCGAGCUCUGUUGGCCUGUGGGGCUCUGUUGCAGUGCAGUAUGCUGUUAGUGUCGCUGGGUGGCGCUGUCGCUCAAGGAAACAAAGCGGAGGGAGUUGAACUGCUUGUGUGCCCUCUGCUGAGGUGCGUUGGGAACCUCCUGUCCUGCACAGCAGAUGUCCCAGACGCUUGUUUGAGUGACGUUGGGCUCACGGUCGCUCUCUGUGCUCUGCUUCAAGCUUACGUCCAGACUCGGCCUUCUUUGGCCAGAGAGAGUGCCUGGGUCCUCAACAAUCUCACAGCUCGAUCCUGUCUGUUUUGUUCGGCCUUGAUAACGCUCAACUUGGUCCCGAAUUUGAUCCAACUUCUUCCAUUCUCUCAAGGCAUCAACACAAUGAUCCUGAGAGUCUUAGCAAACGUGGCCCACAAGAAGGAGUUCUGCAUCCAGUUGGCUGAGUUCGGAUUGCUCUCUUCUCUCUGUGCCACACUUAAAAUGGCAGAGCAAGCGGUGGUGACCUUGAGUCUUGACAUCCUUUUCAUGCUCUUCGCUAGUGGUUCUCAAGUGGUUGAGGACUUUGUGAGGGAAGGCGGCAUUUCACUUCUUGAAACUUUUCAAUACUACAGCGAAGAAGAUGUGAGGCGAAAAGCAGUAUACCUCCUGGAAGAACAUGUUCUUUCUUCCUCCUCACAGUGCACUGUCAGCUGCAUCCCUUCUUCUUGACGGCAAGUCAGAUGUGGGCAGUGCAACGUUAAAUACAAACGUAUCAAAGACCCAUCUGAGAAAGAAAAUGUACUCAUCACAUUUUUUAAAAGGCAAACUAAGUUUUUAAAUGUACUGUAUAUUCAUCAUUGAUUUGAUUGUAAAUAUGAUCACUCUGGAGAAUCAGCGACUUUUUUUUUUCCUGCACGCUAAAGGGUAUGAUAAUAACAUGGGCAAAAAUACCCCCGAGUGUGAAAAAAAAUCUUCAUGCAUUAACACCAUUCUCACUCACCUGCCCUCCAUACAACGAAAAAAAACCCUGUUGCUAAUACAAAAUCUUCUUUUCUGCUCUUGCCUCGCAAUGAGAUUCAUUACAACGAAAUCUAAUCCAACGGCGACCUCUACUGCUUCGUUCGGAAACGGCAAGAGCAACCACUACACUGGUUUACACAUGCGCAGUAGUCCAGGAAGUAUUUGUUAUUGUUACAGACGCAGCAAUAACGUUGCGUUGCUAAAAUGGCUACAAAACGGACCUUUGGAUGUCAAGCAGCUAAGAGAAUAAGAGCUCUGACGCUGGAAGAGAAGCUUCUUCAACAUGGAUUCCGCUGCGCCAACAACCACCACCACAGAGAUCACAAGUGGUCAGAGAAAGAACUGGGAUGAAGCCAAGGUGCUGAUGUCCAGCAAACCUCUUCAUCGCUUCGUCCAAAAGGAGCCUCAGAGUCUUGGGGCUGUCAUUCUGAUCUGUGGCUGUGUUGAGUUCAUGAUGGGUUUCAUCUUGAUCAGCGAACCUCUGGAAAACUCCACCAAAAUCUUAAUCCCUUUCUGGCAGGGAGCUCUGUUGCUUAUCUGUGGAAGCUUGUCUAUCUACACCGGAGCACACCCUUCGAAAAGGAUGGUGACUGUUUGUUUGGCCAUGUAUGUAGUUGCCAUCCUGGGAAUUAUUGUCUCUGUGGGAUACAGAGUAGUCUGCAUUUCCAGUUAUCGCUUUAUCAGAUACUAUGUAGGUCCACGAGUGGGGCAAGAGUGGAACUACAGCAGAAUGCUGCAACUUUAUGGUAUUGAAGGCAUUUUGUGCACUUGCUCCCUCUGCGUAUCAGUGCUGCUCAUCCUCUUGUCAGCUGUUGCACGCUUGGCUCUGAAAUCAACACAUACUCAGGUCAUUUUCCAGCAAAUUUCAACCCCACAGGAUGUUACAACAGCCCAAGAAUAAUUAUGAUGGACACACACACACCCCCCUU